AUGGCUUUGACAAUUGUGUCCAGUCCAGGAGCUGACCUACAAGCCGCUGUGAUGCCUGGUGUGCAAGAAGAAAUUGAAGACUCUUUUCGCGACCUGUUCCCGAAGUGCCAAGAUUGGACGCCCGUGCCCGUAGUCGAAGCCAUGACUAAAAUCGUGGCAAGGGUGUCCAGCCGCAUGUUUGGAGGUACCACUCUAUCUCACAAUGAAAAAUGGCUAGAGGCAUCUAUCAACUUCGCUCUAGACGGAUUCACCGGUGCUCAGAAGCUCAAAAGGUAUCCAGAGUUCAUGAAGCCCUUUGUAGCUCGCUACCUGUCCGAUAUCCGCAGAAUAGCUUCCUACUACGCAGUUGCUGAGGAAGCUGCAAUCCCCUUGCUACAAAGUCGCCAGCGCAAGGGGGAGAAGGCAGUCGAUCUACUAUACUGGAUGGCUGACCAGGCUCAGGGCGAUGAGAGAGAUCUCAAAUUUCUCGCUGGUAUCCUACUCAAGGUCAGCUUUGCUGCAAUUCAUACCAGUGCAGCGGCUCCGUCUCAACUGAUAUUUGACUUGUGCGCUCACCCGGAAGUUAUCGAACCUUUACGGCAUGAGUUGAAUAGUAUUUGUGGUCCUGAUGGUCGUAUAGAUAAGUCGGGAUUUCACAAGAUGGUCAAGAUGGAUAGCGUCAUGAAGGAGAGUCAGAGAUUUAACCCUCUUUUGCUGAUUACUUUUGAGCGCAUCGUUCACGCUCCCUUCACACUGUCCUCCGGGUUUACAAUCCCAGCAAACACGACCAUUGGAAUCCCAACCCAGGCCGUUAGCAUGGAUUCGUCUCUAUAUCCCAACCCGGACAAAUUCGAUGCUUUCCGCUUUUCCACUCUUCGGGCAGCUCAACCAGAACUGGAUGGUCGCUCGCAGUAUGUCGCGUCUAACACAUCGUCCAUGAGUUUUGGGUACGGGAGACAUGCGUGUCCUGGGCGGUUCUUUGCUGCGCAGGAGAUCAAGGCCAUUAUGAGCUUUAUUCUACGAGAAUAUGACAUGCGAUUCUCACAAGGUCAGACACGUCCUGAGAGCGUCCCUGUUGAGACACAGUUCUUACCGAAUAUGACUGCAACAGUUGAAUUCAAGAGAAGACAAAAGAAUUAG